AUGGAAGUGACAUACAUCUCUCAGAAUGCCGAUGAGGAACAACAGGUUGAAGAUCUGCUAUCAACAUGGUUCCACUCGGGAUCAACGAACAACCUUGCAACAAUCUUUGUUGUUAUCGUACGAGAAACUGAAGCAGGUCAGGUUAGGUCAGACCAACUAUCUACACAACCAGAUGAAAAGCCAGAGAGGAAGAGGGUUAAGAAGGAGCCAAAGCAGAAGUCGAAGAUCAAGGCUGAGCCAAAUCCUGAAAUCAAGUUAGAACCUCCCAUACGCCGCCCAACAAAGAAACGAUCAUUUUCAGUGGCUAAUAGUGAGGUAAAGACUGAGGAACCUGAUAUUUUUGCCACUAUACUCCAGGAAUAUGAUGAAGCCGUGGAACAUGUUGCUAAUCGUACGAGGAAUCGGCAUACUCCACAGCAGGAAGACCUUGAUCGUGCAGCAGAGUUUGGGCCAACAGCUGGAUUAUCUUAG